CUGGCAUGCAUAUUUUGUAUCUCCACUGCGGAUACGGCCUUAGUGUCGCAGGGUAUGCCAUGGUCCAGACGGCGUGCCUGAAACGGCAGAGUAUGGCGUAUCGGAGCUCGCAAUUCACGGAGGCAUUCGCAACCAACAGGUAUACACGCUGCAGCUGCAAGUCGAGGGCGUCAAUGGAUGUAUGUGCGACGUGAGCUUUUCCAUGCGCGGACGGCCAGACGUGGGACCCGGUGAGUCUCCAAAGUCGGUACCCCCCAUCAAGAGAAAAGACACCACCUGGUACCUGUGCGUUCUCUUCCUAAAGCGUUGGCUGCUGUGCCUGACACGCAGCGGACCAGUAACGAAGAGGACAAGAAGAGCGCCACUCGCUAGCGUUUACCUGCUGGCUGUUAGCUCCAUCUCUUGCAGUUCAUUGCAGAAACGCCGUCGUCGUCCCGGACUGGCUGAAUCCAAUGUCGUGGCGAGCUAGCCAUCACAUGCAGUCCGCUUUGCCAAAGAUUCCUUCCAGGUCGUACAAAGAGAGGUUAUCCGCGGCAGACUCUGGUGAACAGAC